AUGAAAAUGAAAACAAAUGAAACUAUAAUGAAAGCACAGUUUGAAUGUUACCAGAAAAUUAUACACGUUCCUGUGCAUGAGAAUACAGGUUCUUACUGCAAUAGAACAUGGGAUGGCUGGUUAUGCUGGGAUGACACUCCUUCAGGAAAAACAGUCACACAAAAUUGUCCACCUUACUUUCAGGAUUUUAACAUUCAAGAAAAAGCAACUAAAAUCUGUGAAGAAAAUGGACAUUGGUUUGUACAUCCCGAGAGCAAGAGACAAUGGACAAAUUUCACCCUUUGCUCUGAUGAAAAUUACAAGGUAAGAGAAGUAGAAAUAGAACUGGCCUUGAGCAAGAGAUCAUAUGGGCAAUGA